AUGGUCCCGUUUGCAGACAAACCCCAUCCCAUUGCAAGAGCAGGGGAAGAGCCACUUCUAGACGUUGUAGUUCAGAGGAAACAGCAUUCGAAUAGUCUUGGAUUUCAACAUUUCUUUCCAUUUGGACUCCGAUCUUCUGCAGAAGGAAACCACGUUCGCAGCACAGAGUAUUCGAACAGGAGAAAGCGGGAUGAGGCCUGGGAUUUACUCGUGCAGUUCACGAGAGAGAAAAUCCGUGAUGCUGACUUGAAUUUUGUUAAGAAGAAAGUGGACAGUAUCCGGGCAUCAUUUAGGAAAGAACUGCGCCGAGUUCGGGAGAGCAAGAGAAGGGGUGCGUCCGGGGUUGAUGUCUACAAGCCAACGCUGUGGUACUUCGACCUGCUUUUGUUCACGGCAGACCAAGAGAAUCCUCGGAAAAGCAAAAGCAAUUUGAAUGAACAAGCCAAAGAUGUUGAUGGCGAUGAUGAUUCACAAGAAACAACAGCUUUGACAACAACAGAGGAUGAAGCAAGGGAAGGCGAGUUUACUCAAACGUUACAUGAAGGCGAACAAACUUCGUACAUGGUUUCGCAGUCUCCAUUUCCGAAAAGGAAGAAAACCUCUUCAAAAACUUCUAGAAGUGUCCAUGCUGAAGAUACACAGCGCCAAACUCUUAUUCAAAAGGCAAUGGCUGUAUUUAAUCAACAAGAUGAUGAAUACGACGCCCUAGGGAAAACGUACGCUGCUAAACUUCGUCGCAUGCCUGCCGCUCAGAGGGACAUUGCUGACGAAUUGAUUAAUGAUGUUCUGUUUAAAGGUCUGCAGAGUAAUCUUACACCUUCGACUUUUAUUUCUGAUUAUGGGUUGCAAUUUUGUUGUGUAGAAAGCAGUGAUGCUGCAAGCUUUUCAGAAUAGAAGGGGACGGGAAAGUGAAGUGGGCGGAGUUGGAAAAAACACAAUCGAUCCUAUAUAGGGCCUACCAGUGAUCUGAAGAAAUGUCGUAUUCAGAAAUUAGCAACAGAAGUAGCAGCGUCUGCUAUAUAUAUCAUAUGACUGAAAUGAUCUUGAAAUACAGUUUUGUGUUGCCCGUAGAAUAUCAAACACACAGCCUAGCAGAGUGUAUGUUCCGUAGAAACAUGAAUAAGAGCAAAACGUACAACACAAUAUGUCUCCCCAAACAUGUUUUCUAAAUGGGUCACUCCUAUCCAGACACCAUCACUGUGUUUUCUAAUUAAUGAAUCAACCGUAAUUUUGACGUGGAGGUUUUCGGGACGCGGACGGUGCCAGAGGCUGAGAUCCGAUCGUCUUAAUAAAACAUUCAGGAUAAAGUCGCUGUUCUGCCUUAUUCGAGUAGUUUGUCGCCUGUUGCAGAUGUGCCUAAUUAGGCCUACAGUCGGGGUUCUCGUGUCUUUAACAGUCCAAGAGUACUGCCCAGUAUUGACCUUGUUUUGGCACGUUUGCAGCGAAAAGUUGCAACAAGAUUAUAUAAACACAGUGACUGCCUAACAGGAGCAUUCUGCAGAAGGAAUUAUAAAUUACAUGCUGACAUCCAUGAUUUUAAAAUAAGUUCUACAAAAGAAAAUGUUGCUCCUGUGAUAAAUGGAAACUAGGCCCUUUAAUUUUGGAGGUGCCUUAUUUUUAGAUAAACUGAGUGAUUAAGACUACGACGAAUUUUCCCUUGUAAUAAACAAAUAUUAAAUUCACUGUUAACUUGAUACACUUCCAAAUUAUCGAGAAGUAUAUAACUGUUUAAUGAAUAAACAAUCAGUAUUAAGACUUUGCCGACCACAGUGGCCGCGCGGUCUAAGGCACGAAAUUUCAUCGCUCACUCAAACGCAG